UAACAUUCCAUUCAGAGAAGAGGAAAAGAUGGCGUCCUCUAACAAUCCCCGUAAAUUUAGCGAAAAAAUCGCUCUGCACAACCAGAAACAGGCGGAGGAGACUGCGGCAUUCGAAGAAGUCAUGAAAGAUUUGAACAUUACCAGAGCAGCGCGGUUGCAGUUACAGAAGACCCAGUAUUUGCAACUAGGGCAGAAUCGUGGACAGUACUAUGGAGGCUCACUGCCCAAUGUCAAUCAGAUUGGAAAUGGCAACAUUGACCUGCCUUUUCAGAAUUCAGUGCUGGACACCAGUCGCACAACCAGGCACCAUGGUUUGGUGGACCGCGUCUACCGCGACAGGAACCGCAUCACAUCCCCCCACCGGCGACCUCUGUCAGUUGACAAACAUGGACGCCAGAUUGACAGCUGCCCCUACAGCUCAGUUUACCUCUCCCCGCCACCGGACACAAGCUGGAGAAGGACAAAUUCAGAUUCUGCCUUACACCAGAGCGCCAUGAAUCCUAAACCCCAAGAGGUGUUUGCUGGUGGAUCACAGGAGUUUCAGCCUAAGCGAGUGCCCGGGAUGGAGAGCCCGGAGUCGAACGCUGACAAGGAAGCACAGAAACAGCUAUGGGAUGAUGAGAAGGAGGAUUCACCAAACCCCAACCCAUGUGAUGUACCAGGAAUUAAUAUAUUCCCAUCACCAGACCAGGAACUGAACCCAUCAGUGCUGCCCGCUGCACACAAUACGGGCGGCUCGUUGCCGGAUCUUACCAACAUACAGUUCCCUCCCCCACUGUCCACUCCACUGGACCCUGAAGACACGGUGUCCUUCCCGUCCCUCGGGUCGUCCAACAGCACAGGCAGCCUGACCACCAACCUCACCCAUCUGGGCAUUAGCGUGGCCAGCCAUGGGAUCCCUACUUCCUCCCAGCCAAACAUGACUCUCUCAGAACAGCGCCGUCAGCCUCCUGUGGUGCCACUUACUCUCACCACGGACCUCCACCUUCAGAAUUCUACACAGCAGCUGUCACCCACUCUCUCCUCACCUGUCAACAUUACACAGGUGUUGCCAACAGAACAACUGACCUUAGAGCAGCAGCUUGCCCAGUUCCCACUUUUCAACCAGCUCACAGCUCAGGUCCAGGCACAGUUGCUCAGCGACCUGCAGAAGCAGACGCAGCAGGGCAUUCAGCUUAUCACCUUGCCGACGCCUCCCUCCACCGGUACAGUUACUGCCACUGCCAGCAGCCCCUCCCCAGACAGCCAGACCUCAGCCAGCAUCAGCUCGUACCGCAAUCAGACUGGCUCACCAGCCACUCAGUCUCCAACCUCCCCAGUCUCCAAUCAAGGCUUCUCCCCCGGCAGCUCGCCUCAACACAUUUCCGUGGUGGGGAGCAUAUUUGGUGACUCUUUCUACGAUCAGCAAAUGGCAUCAAGGCAGACCAAUGCUCUCUCCCACCAGUUGGAGCAGUUCAACAUGAUUGAAAACCCCAUAAGCUCCACCAACCUGUAUACGCAGUGCUCCACCCUCAACUAUACACAAGCCGCCAUGAUGGGUCUUAGCGGGAGCAGCCUACAAGACUCUCAGCAGCUGGGCUACAGUAGCCAUGGCAAUAUUCCUAACAUUAUCCUAACAGACCUUUUUGAAGUCGUCACUGUGAAAUCACCUGAUUUUGCCUUACCACCACCUCCUCGUAAGAAAGAAAGAAAAAAAAACAUGCACCUGUUCCUUUUUCUACAACCUUGUCUGGCAGUUUGGCACAUUUUUGCGUUUUUAGUGCGCCUGCUGCUUUUUGUUCCAGUCAGCUUGCAUGACCUGAUGCACAUUGCGCAGAUUUGUGUCCCAUGUAAGCUUAUCACUCUUUCCUCUAGCUAUGCUCAAGUGACGUUUUUAAACAUCUGACAAGAUAAUAUUUUUCUUGUGCCUAUCAUGUUGUUGUUUUUUUUUGUUUUGUUUGUUCCUUACCUGUUUUUGGUGCAACAUUUAGUCCUCGAGUUGCUUCGCACUUUAUUUGUCAUUCCCUGGCUUUUUUGAACUGGGACUGAUUUGCCUGAUUUGAAUGCUGACUGUUUCACACUGGAUGUAGAUAUUUUCACGUGAAAAGAAAAGAUGAAAUUUCUAUUUUCCUCUUUGUAAACUAUAUUUCGUUGUUUUAUUUUGUUGUUUUUUUUUAUCUGAGAAGAUUUUAGGGGAUGCAAACAUUGAAAGGGCUUACUUUAGCGCAGCUUGUUGCUCUUGUGUCGCAAAGGAACGUCACUCCGAAUGUAAUUCAUGUCAGUCGUUUAAACCCCCCUCCACAGACAAGUAGGGAUGCAACGAUUAUAGUAUAAUAUCUGAGUAAUAAUCAGGGUUUCACCAUUGAUUACCGUAUUUUUCGGAGUAUAAGUCGCACCGGCCGAAAAUGCAUAAUAAAGAAGGGAAAAAACAUAUAUAAGUCGCACUGGAGUAUAAGUCGCAUUUUUUGGGGAAGUUUAUUCGAUAAAACCCAACACCAAGAAUAGACAUUUGAAAGGCAAUUUAAAAUAAAUAAAGAAUAGUGAACAACGGGCUGAAUAAGUACGUUAUAUGACGCAUAAAUAACCAACUGAGAACGUGCCUGGUAUGUUAACGUAACAUAUUAUGGUAAGAGUCAUUCAAAUAACUAUAACAUAUAGAACAUGCUAUACGUUUACCAAACAAUCUGUCACUCCUAAUCGCUAAAUCCCAUGAAAUCUUAUACAUCUAGUCUCUUACGUGAAUGAGCUAAAUAAUAUUAUUUGAUAUUUUACGGUAAUGUUUUAAUAAUUUCACACAUAAGUCGCUCCUGAGUAUAAGUUGCACCCCCGGCCAAACUAUGAGAAAAAACUGCGACUUAUAGUCCGAAAAAUACGGUACUGUAAAUUCCGGACAAUAAGCCGCUACUUUUUUUCUUAUGCUCUGAAUAGUUUAAAUAAAAAACAAGUCAAGACACUGAAUAGGUGUGUUAAUGUUUGUGCGAUGGCGCCAUCUUUUGGUUGAGUUCACUCACUGCAGGUGCUGCAUUGCCCUUCUGUUGAGACCGAGCUUUCAACCGGAAGUACAAGUGCCGUUCCGUCGUUUAGCCAUCCAUAGCGUUACUACUGGUAUGGAUUCUUCAUUUAUCACUCCAAGCAACGUUUGUCUGUUUUACAAUAUAACUAAAACCGUUUUUACUUAAUGAACCAUCCCACGUGUGAUGGGAAGCUAGCGUCGUUAGCAUUAGCUAAUAUGCUAACACAUUUAUGAGUGUCUUUGUUAGUAUUAUUAACUAACAAUUGCAUUCUUUUUGUAAUAUUUAGGUUUCGGAAAUUCACCAAAUCAUUACCGUGGACUUAUUGGUAGAGAUGUCCGAUAAAUACUUUAAAAUGUAAUAUCAGAAAUUAUCGGUUUAUUUAUUUAUUUAUUUUAAUUUUUUUUUAAAUUAAAUCAACAUAAAAAACACAAGAUACACUUACAAUUAGUGCACCAACCCAAAAAACCUCCCUCCCCCAUUUACACAAAAGGGUUGUUUCUUUCUGUUAUUAAUAUUCUGGUUCCUACAUUAUAUAUCAAUAUAUAUCAAUACAGUCUGCAAGGGAUACAGUCUGUAAGCACACAUGAUUGUGCGUGCUGCUGGUCCACUAAUAGUACUAACCUUUAACAGUUAAUUUUACUCAUUUUCAUUAAUUACUAGUUUCUAUGUAACUGUUUUUAUAUUGUUUUACUUUCUUUUUUAUUCAAGAAAAUGUUUUUAAUUUAUUUAUCUUAUUUUAUAAAUUAUUUUAAAAAGGACCUUAUCUUCACCAUACCUGGUUGUCCAAAUUAGGCAUAAUAAUGUGUUAAUUCCACGACUGUAUAUAUCUGUAUCGGUUGAUAUCGGUAUCGGUAAUUAAGAGUUGGACAAAAUCGGAAUAUCGGAUAUCGGCAAAAAGCCAUUAUCGGACAUUCCUACUUAUUGGUUCUGUUUAGCUGAUUCGAGAGCUGGCUUCCGCAGCUCGUGGGUCCAUGGCGAUGACUUCUGUUUUGUUUCAUCAGCCGUUUUACUGCAGUGUUAUAGACGCCGUUUGGAAACAAUUACGGCAUGUAAAUAAACGUUCAUUUAUUGACUCACUUCACAACGUAUAUAUCUGCGGCUAAUACAAUGGAGUCAUAUUUUUUCUUCCAAAAUUUAGUGGGUGCGCUUUGUAGUCCGGAAAAUACGAUAAUUUCACGACAAAAAAAAAAAAUCACAGACAUUUAGAGAUUUUGGUGUUAUUUAUCACGGAAGUAACAGUAAUCAAAUAACAUUAUAUUACAAAAAGUAUUGUUGAUAGUUAUCAUAAUACUUGUGUGAUUGAUAUAAGGCUUAAGGUUAACUUUCUUUAUCAUAUAGGGAAAAAUGUUAAUCAUGUGGGAAAUAAACUCAAGUGUUACUAUCACCAACUGUCAUUCCAUGCCCAUUUUUUCAUUUUUAUUCAUUAUUUCAUGCUGUGUUUAUAAUGGAACACACAUAAUUAGAUACCAUUGUAUAGUGCUGCUAAUGUAGCGUACUUGCAUGUCUCUGAGCGUGCUUCGCUGGUAUCAUUUUGUUUUCAUUGCGUGCAGGUUGUGCCCAAAAUAACGUACCAGCGUAAUGUCCGAGUGAAACACAUUGUGCCGUGGAGCUUUUGUAAUUCAAUAAUUGCGAUGUUUUUAGUCACGAUUAAUCAUAAAACCAGUUAAUUGUUGCAUCCCUACACACAAGACGCCCCCUGAGCUUUGAGUAUGUGCUAGUUCGCUAUUCAAGUAAUAACAGUGCACUAAAAAGCACAUUCUUCAAUAAAGAAAAGCUACACAAGAUGCUUUUUGCAGGAAGGGUGAUGGGAAUUGUGAUUGACACAAGUGAGGCAGCUAAUACAACUUUAACUGACAUGAGGAGAAACAAAGUUAUUUUGAUCUUUAGGGGGGUUCUGGAAAGCUCGAGUCAGGUCGUGUGUGUAUUAUGCUGGUUGUGAGGAAAAGCAACAUUUCAGGCUUUAUGCAUGGAAAGUACGGGAUGCACAUAUCACCUCUAAGCUGACCUUAAUUGCUACGGUUGGUGACAGGUCUUACCUGCUGGACUAAUUAGCACAGGGGUGUCCAAACUUGAAGGAAAGUGAAAGGAUGCAUUUGAUACAUUAAACAUGUUAUAAAGCAAACAAGUAUACGCAUAGGCGCACAUCUACAUUUCUGCCAGUGUGUGUACUGGUGUUGUCCCGAUACCAAUAUUUUGGUACCGGCACCAAAAGUAUUUCGGUACUUUUCUAAAUAAAGGGGACCACAAAAAAUGUAAUUAUUGGCUUUAUUUUAACAAAAAUAUCUUGGGGUACAUUAAACAUAUGUUUCUUAUUGCAAUUUAGUCAUUAAAUAAAAUAGUGAACAUACCAGACAACUUGUCUUUUAUUAGUAAGUAAACAAACAAAGGCUCCUAAUUUGUUUUCUGACAUAUUCAGUAACAUAUUGUGUCUUUUAUCAUUCUAUUAUUUUGUCAAAAUUAUUAAGGACAAGUGGUAGAAAAUUAAUUAUUAAUCUACUUGUUCAUUUACUGUUAAUAUCUGCUUACUUUCUCUUUUAACAUGUUCUAUCUACACUUCUGUUAAAAUGUAAUAAUCACUUAUUCUUCUGUUGUUUGGAUACUUUACAUUAGUUUUGGAUGAUACCACAAAUUUGGGUGUCAAUCCGAUACCAAGUAGUUACAGGAUCAUACAUUGGUCAUAUUCAAAGUCCUCAUGUGUCCAGGGACGUUUAUAAACGUAAUAUAAUUUUUUUUAAAACGAGAAGAUUUUGUGAUGUUAAAAUAUAUCGAUGUAAUCAUAGUAGUAUCGACGAGAUACGCUAUUGUACGUGGUAUCAUUACAGUGGAUGUUAGGUGUAGAUCCACCAAUGGCGUUUGUUUAUAUUGUAGCUGCAGGGAUCUCUGGGAGUUUGUUCUGUAGUGUUUAUGUUGUGUUGCGGUGCAAAUAUUCUUCCAAAAUGUGUUUGUUGUUGUUGUUUAGUGUGGUUUCACUAUAUGGCACAUUUUUAUGACAGUGUUGGCAUUGUUCAUACUGACACCCUUAGUGGGACAUGUAUGGCUGUUGAGUAAGUAUGCGCUUCAUUCGCUCGUGUGUCCCAAUUCAUCAUUAUCGGGCACAAUGAAAUCUUGGUUAGGCUUUGUCAUUUAAACACUACACGUACUUUGUCAAUUAAACACUACACGUACUUUGUCAGUUAAACACUACACGUACUUUGUCAAUUAAACACUACACGUACUUUGUCAUUUAAACACUACACGUACUUUGUCAAUUAAACACUACACGUACUUUGUCAAUCAAACACUACAAGUACUUUGUCAGUUAAACACUACACGUACUUUGUCAAUUAAACACUACACGUACUUUGUCAGUUAAACACUACACAUACUUUGUCAAUUAAACACUACACGUACUUUGUCAGUUAAACACUACACGUACUUUGUCAGUUAAACACUACACGUACUUUGUCAAUUAAACACUACACGUACUUUGUCAGUUAAACACUACACGUACUUUGUCAAUUAAACACUAUAUGAACUGUGACUUUUUAGUAUGUAAAACGGACCAAACUUGCCACAAAACUAACAACAACAAGAUUGAUAUUUUCAAAAAUGAUUUGAAAGAUUGAAGUUUGCCAUCAAUCCCACGUGGGUGCUCGGCAUUGUCGGGAUCGGCGCCUAUGAGUAUACGCUAAGCUAUUGGAGCAAAACUUUCACAUUUUAGUCACAAACUGGUGUGAUCUAAUGAUGCAGAAUAUCCCCGCAGUCAAGACACUUUGGACACCCCUGGUUUAGCACAACAUGCACCCAUCUUGCGUUCAUAGGAGGUAAAGCAUAUCCAGUCGAGUGUUUCAAAAGGUGUAUUCUUCAGUCAGUCCUUAUUGCGUGUUUGUUUUAGGUCUGAAUAAAAAGUUCCCUUUAAUUGCACACGUUUUUUCUAAAGAACUGUACAGUUCAUUGAAAAGUGGAAAAGUUUCAGAUCCUCUUCAAGCUUAUAGUGAUAAUAGCAUUUGAUCACUGUUGUCCUGUAAGUCGUAGUAACAAGGUCUGUAGGUAUUUCUUUGUUGCCAUGUGAUUCUACUAAUGUGACCGUUUGUUUAUAAGCUGAAAGAAAAAUGCCAAUUAAAUUUGAAUGUGGAUGACUCGUGUUCUCUGCACCGAAGUCUUGAUUUGGGAAAUGUGCUGACUGCGAGGCUGUCCCGACAUGGCGGCUUGUUGUUGCUGUGAGCAUGCAUGAUGUUUCAAACCGCCAUGCUGUAUAUUGUCUCUGCCUUCGAUUUUGUAAUCUGUAUUUCCAAAAUGCCAAUUUGCAAGAUUAUUUUGGAUAUGUGCAUGCUUGUGAAAAGGUUUGAUUUCCACUAAAAGCUAUUGAG